UGUACAGGCCUCUUCUCUGGAAUGUGAUCAGCCAGGCCGCUCUGCUGUUGGUGGCCCAGUGGGAGCUGGGGUGCUCCGGGAUGACUCUAAAUUCAGUCCCCCUCCCACGGGCACCUCACCGGUCCCCCAGGGCCAGUGCAAGAGCGCUGGCCCACAGACAAAAGCGCAGCUGGGUGUGGAAUCAAUUCUUUGUCCUGGAGGAGUUCACAGGUGAUGAACCGCUCUACGUCGGCAAGCUGCACUCGGACGUGGACAAGGGCGAGGGCCAGGUCAAGUACAUCCUCAUGGGUGAGGGCGCCUCGUCCAUCUUCACCAUCGACGAGGACACGGGGGACAUCCACGCCAUCAAGCGCCUGGACCGCGAGGAGCAGGCCUACUACACGCUGCGCGCGCAGGCGCUGGACUACCACACCAGCCGGCCCGUGGAGCCCGAGUCCGAGUUCGUCAUCAAGGUCCAGGACAUCAACGACAACGAGCCCAAGUUCCUGGAUGGACCGUACAACUCCAGAGUGCCGGAGAUGUCCCCCGUUGGCACAUCAGUGGUUCAAGUGGUGGCAACAGAUGCAGACGACCCUACAUAUGGCAACAGCGCUCGAGUGGUUUACAGUAUCCUGGAGGGACAGCCCUACUUCUCAGUGGACCCCAAAACAGGGGUCAUCAGGACAGCUCUCCCGAACAUGGACCGCGAGGCGCGUGACCAGUACCUGCUGGUCAUCCAGGCCAAGGACAUGGUGGGCCAGAUGGGCGGCCUCUCCGGCACCACGUCCGUGACGGUCACUCUGAUGGACGUGAACGAUAACCCUCCACGCUUCUCCCGAAAAUCCUAUCAGUUUUCGGUGCAGGAGUCUCUGCCCGUAGCAACGGUGGUGGCCAAGAUAAAGGCUCUGGACGCAGAUGUGGGCCCUAACGCUGAGAUGGACUACAGAAUUAUAGAUGGCGAUGGCCUUGGGAUGUUCAGGGUCUCCACGGACAAAGGCACCCAGGAAGGAGUUAUCACUCUGCUAGAGAACUUGGACUUUGAGACCAAAACCACCUACUCCCUGAGGAUCGAGGCGUCCAAUCGGCACCCAGACACCAGGUUCCUGAGCCCGGGGAUGUUCAGCGACGUGGCGAACGUUCGGCUGACCGUGGAGAACGUGGACGAGCCGCCGCUCUUCUCCUCGGCCCUCAGUAAGAUGGUGGUGUCCGAGGCCGCCAAGGUCGGCACCAUCAUCGGCACCAUGUCCGCCAACGACCCCGAUUCCACCAACAGUCCCAUCAGGUAUUCAAUAGACCGCAACACGGACCUGGAACGCUUCUUCAACAUCGAGGCAACAACUGGCGUUAUCAGCACUGCCAAGCCACUGGACAGGGAGGUCAACGCCGUACACAACAUCACCAUCCUGGCCAUCGAAAGCUUGGACCCAGCUCAGGUGGGGAAAGGAAUCGCUCUGAUCACGGUGAUGGACAUCAACGACAACGCUCCCGUCUUUGCCAUCGAAUACGAGACCUUCUUGUGUGAGAGCUCCAGUCCUGGCCAGGUGAUUGAGACCAUAAGCGCCGUGGAUCGAGACGAGCCGCCCAGUGGCCACCGAUUCUUCUUCUCCCUCGCCGCCGAGGCUGUGGGCAACAUGAACUUCACCUUGAGAGAUAAUAAAGACAACACAGCGUCCAUCUUGACCAAGCGUGCGGGUUUCCAGCGGCGGCAGCAGUCGCUGUACCGGCUGCCGGUGCUGAUCGUGGACAGCGGGACGCCGGCGCUGAGCAGCACCAACACGCUGUCCAUCCGCGUGUGCGAGUGCGACGGCGACGGCUCGCCCCAGUCCUGCGGCGCAGAGGCCUCCAUGCUGGCGGCGGGACUCAGCACCGGGGCCCUCAUCGCCAUCCUCGCCUGCAUCCUCACGCUGCUGGUGCUGGUGCUGCUCAUCGUGAUGAUGCGGCGGCGCAAGAAGGAGCCGCUGAUCCUGGACGAGGACCGCGACGUGCGGGAGAACAUCGUGCGCUACGACGACGAGGGCGGCGGCGAGGAGGACACGGAGGCCUUCGACAUGGUGGCCCUGCGCAACCUCAACGUGGUCCGCGGCGGCGGCGGCGGCGGCAGCGACAGCAAGGUCCGGCGCGACGUCACGCCCGAGGUCACCACCCUCUACAUGCCCCGCCCGCCCCCGUACAAAGCCGCGCCGGCCGACAACAACGGCAUCUUCCGCGAGUUCAUCUGGGACCGUCUGAAGGAGGCGGACGUGGACCCGGCGGCGCCGCCCUACGACUCCCUGCAGACGUACGCCUUCGAGGGCAGCGGCUCGGUGGCCGACUCCCUCAGCUCCCUGGAGUCCCUGAGCACGGACUCGGAGCAGAACUACGACUACCUCAGCGACUGGGGCCCGCGCUUCCGGAAGCUGGCCGACCUGUACGGCCACACCGACGGCAGCAACAUAUUCUCCUCCUAGCCGGGGGAAUGGCGCGUCUCGGGUUUCGCCGUCUCUUUUCUGUUUGAAGUUCCGUCCGCCUGACCUUCGGUGCGAAGCCUUCAGCUGGAGGAACAGAGGAGCGGUUCAGAUGGGAAGGAGAAUAUUAUGAAUAUUUCAACUUUUUUGUGGAGCAAAAACCUGUCUCGUUGUCAAACUCCAACAAGCACACAAGAGACACACUGUACAUGGAAGUGAAAAAAAUCCUUUUUCAGCACUUGAUGGUUUUUGUCAGGACUUUACAAUGACCAAUGAUUAAUUCCGAGAAAAGGGACAGCAGAUUUGUUUGUAUUUGAAGCACUUGGGGGGGAAAAACAAAACUAAGGGAAGGCUGGAACACAGCUGAUGCUGUAAACGCCACAUUUAUCAAUAGACAUUUCAUGGAAGGGAAAAGGUAGAGCAGUGCACUGCUUUCUUCUGUGAGAGAUGUGUUUGCAUCCUCUGUAUCCAUGGUGACCAAACACAAACUGUGCCACUAACCAGUCCAGUGGUCUUGUCACAAUAACCCUCCCUAAUCCGUA